AUGGCCUAUCGUUACACGUCUGCACUCCUUUUGCCCAUCCUCUCCGCAGCCAGGCAAGAACUUACAUCUGGAAUUGCUAUGGCACCAAGAAUUUAUGCCAAUGACGGACUAGCGCCAAAGCUUGUCAAUUUUCCAAACGGGAGCAACGGAUCGAUUACCGCACAUCUUUACUUACCAAAAGAAUACAAUGGCGACAAUAAAUACCCUUCAGUCGUGGUUGGUGGUUCGAUGGCGUCGGUAAAGGAGCAGAUGAGUGGAACAUAUGCCAGCCAACUGGCAGAAAACGGCAUCAUCGCCAUGGCCAUUGACUAUACCAACUGGGGAGAGAGCACUGGUGCUGAGCGUCAAGUGGAGAAUCCUGUACAGAAGGCUGCAGAUCUGUCCUCGGCAGUGAGCUUUCUAUCAGGACGGGCUGAUGUUGCGGGAACCGCGCUACUCGGAGUUUGCACAUCUGGAGGCAACAUUCUCUAUACUGCCGCAGAAGAUACUCGGGUGCGUGCUCUGGUGAGCGUUGCUGGAUUUUUCCCGGAAGCCACGUUGCUUUCAACCCUAUUUGGAGCAGAUGGGGUUGAAAGCCGUCAAAUCUCUGGCCGUCAAGCUCGUGAGCUCUUUCAGAGAACCGGAGAGAUUGAGAUGAUCAGAGCGUACUCCGAUACAGAAGUGGCAGCCAGCAAGAACCCCAGCGACUCUUACUAUAUGGAUCAGUCACGAGGUGGCGGCAUUCGCGAAUGGCGCAACUCGUUUUCCGUCAUGGGAUGGGAGUCGUGGUUAGCGUUCGAUCCUGUGGCACAGGCACCCCACGUAAAAGCUCCAACUCUGAUGAUCCAUUCUGAGAAGGCAGCUUUUCCUCGACAAGCCUCAAAGGUCUAUGAACUGCUAGCUGGGCCAAAAGAAUCGAUCUGGAUAGACGCGACGCACUUCGACUUUUAUGACGAUACUCAGACUGUACUCCAAGCCGUGAAGGAUAUUGCUGCAUUCCUGCAUAACACGAUUAGGGUUCAAUAA